GACGUUUUAGUAUUAUUAGCUCGGCAAUUCAUUUGGGCUGUGCUCUCAACUUGCUUCAAAUCGUCGAGCCCACAAGCGCAUGCGCGCAUAUUCCAGAAUCCGCCCAUUACAUUUAACUAAUUGCAUUUGCCCACCAUAUCCCUCUUCAUAUAUCAAUUUUAGAUCCCACGAAGCGAGUCAACACAGCCGACCAAGCGAGUCAACCCAAUAAAAAACCCUACCAACAAAAUGCAGCACCCGUCGCCGGACUCCGACCUUCCGCCUCUCGCCGCCAUCAAAGUCCGCGCCUCAUCGCCGCGAUUCCCCCCUCCUACCACCCCUCUCUCCACCGAUACACCCACCGCCAACGCCCAGCGCAAGAUCGGCAUCGCCGUCGACCUCAGCGACGAAUCGGCCUUCGCCGUCAAGUGGGCCGUCCGAAACUACCUCCGCCCCGGUGACGCUGUUAUUCUGGUCCACGUACGCCCGACCUCCGUCCUCUACGGCGCCGAUUGGGGAUGCGUCGACCCCUCCAUAGUCGACUCAGGCAGCGAGGAGUCCCAGCGGAAGCUCGAGGACGAUUUCGACACCUUCACCUCCACCAAGGCGGCCGAUCUGUCUCAGCCGCUCGUGGAGGCGCAGAUCCCCUUCAAAAUCCAUAUCGUCAAGGACCACGACAUGAAGGAGAGGCUCUGUUUGGAGGUGGAAAGGUUAGGGUUGAGCACUGUUAUAAUGGGUAGCAGGGGAUUUGGGGCGACGAAGAGAGAUAGCGACGGGCGGCUUGGGAGUGUGAGUGAUUAUUGCGUGAGGCAUUGUGUUUGUCCUGUUGUUGUGGUGAGGUAUCCCGACGAAAAAGACUUCACCGGAGUUAGUGGCCAGCCGGUGGUGUCUGUGGCUUCAACUGCCAUGGAUGAGGAGGAACCAGAGUAUCAUGAUACCAUGGAUAAGGGGAUUACUUAUUAUCUUCAUGGAGAGCUUGUUGCUUUCAUUUAUGUUCUUGAUUUUUGGAGAUUCCUAAUCAACCCUUGGUCUCGGUGCACCAUCUUACAUCUGCAGCAUGUUGAGGAUAUGGUUUGCGAGCAGUAGUUUAGGGGAAGUAAAUCCGAUUUUCCUUUGUACCUGGAGCUAUAUCAUGUAUAUGGACCGUAUUUUGCUUUCAUUUCAUGUGUUUAUCCUGUGUUUGCGCUUUGUAACGCUUUAUUACUUGUAUGGUAAAUGGAUUUUAAUUUGCAUACA